GGCAGGACAGAACAGGAUCGACCUGUCGUCCCACUGAGAUGAAGUCAGCAGCUUACAUUUGCCUUUUUUCAGAAUUUUCUCGCAGGUGAUGCAUUCUGCCUCUUGUACUACACUAUUGUACAACAUUUGUUACUAACUCCCAGUUGCCUGGUAGCCGCUAGUUACCGAUUUGACUUUUGUCGAUAGUACUUCCGUAUAGAUCAGUAAUGGCUGGUACAGAAGAAGAACAGAAAUUCUCCUUACAGGAGGUGCUCGACACAUACAAGUUGUGUUUGUCGGAUAACAAAGAAAUCUAUCUCGAACACUACGUGGCUGGGUGGCGAGGUCUUAUAAAACUCUUGAACAGCCUGGGCAGCGUGUUUGGCUUCAUCUCCAACGAUGCCGUCAACAAGAUCAACAUCCUGGUGACCCACCUGAAGGGCGAGAACGGGUCCCGGUACGUCACCGUCCAGUCAAUGGUCAAGUACGAGCUGGAGAACGAGCUGGUGGACCUGAGCAAGAGGGGCAGCCACCCGGAGUCCGGCUGUCGCACCCUGCUGAGGCUGCACCGCGCGCUCAGGUGGCUGGAGCUCUUCCUGGAGCGCCUGCGCACCAGCGGCGAGGACAGCAAGACGUCGGUCAUGUGUUCAGAGGCCUACGGCGAGUCCCUGUCGCAGCAUCACCCCUGGGUGAUCCGCAAGGCCGCGGGCAUGGCGUUCUGCAUGAUCCCGGGGCGCCCCGCCUUCUUCGAAGUGAUGAACGUUGGGCCCCCGGAGCAGGUCGUGGCCAAGCUGGGGGAGGCUCUGCCGCUGAUUUCUGAGGUGUACCAGAUCACGGAGGAGCUUUACACUCGACACAACUUGAUGGAUUUACCGUAGGAAGCAAAAAAGUGAUGUCAUUUGGCACUUUAAUCUAGCUACUAGGUUUUGGUAACCUUCAGGUUGUUUAUUAUCCGUGUUUUAUCAAUUGAGCAAACUAUUAUCAACACUAAUCCGUAACUUUUGCAUUUCUAUAUUGUAUUAUAUGUAAAACUUUCGCACGCGUUAAAUGUUGCGCGUUUAUCUGCAAUCUUUAUGACAUUCUUAUUUUAAAUUCAGCUAUCUGUUGCAGAUUUAUUCUAUUUUAAUGUAAAUAGAUGAAGGGAAACAGUUGAACUAACGUUUUAGCUCACUGGCUACAGAGUGUUGUAUUAAUGAUGUAUUCCAAAAAUAGCUUAAAGAAAAAUGAUCCAAUUUUUUUCAUUCCCCCGCCCAAAAGUAUUUUACUUUAUAAGAAAUGGGUUCUCACCUUGAUAUUUAACAGAUUUUUGAGAGAUUUAAUUAUUAGAUUUAUAGUAAUGAUAGUUGAUAAAAUUUCUGCUAAAUUUAGAAUACAUACCAUCAGGUUUUGAUGCAUUAGAGAAAUAUAUGUUUAUUAUAAUGCAGUAAUAGGACCAUUAAGUCAGGUUUUUAAAGUUCUCCCACCAUAUUUCAUCCAAAUAAAGCCUCAUAAAUUUGAUGCUGUACAAUGCAUGAUAUUGCAUGGACCUCUAUCAUUGUGUUGUAAAAAUGAUAUUCAUGAGGACCAAUGAGCAACUGCAUCCAUAAUUGAUGUUCCAACAGCAUUAUAUUUAUCUUGAACAUUGAAAAGCAAAACGUACAUUACGAAACAGAAGUAAUCAAUACUGCGGAUGCUUUAUCAAAAACCCAUUAGUUGAAUGGCCAAACCAAACACUCAAGACACUUUGGGAGAGAAAAAAGAAAAAUCCAACAACAGCUGUUAGCAGUGGACUCUGAGCUGCUACAUCGACUAUAAUUGAUCCCAAUGCUGUUUCUUUUAUGUAUAAAUCACAAAUACACUGUGAGCAAGAGUUGAUGUGUUGUUUCUUAAGAGUGUAAUGUGAUCUAUACAUAUAUUAUGACUAAUGAAAAACGAAUGUAUAAACAGUGUACAAUGUUGAAUAUAAUUGGUUGAUUGUGAAUUUGUGUUUAAAAGAAUUCAUUUGGUGACGUCAUCUUAAGUAAAUGAGGACAUAAAUCCAC